CUUGCAAACUUUCUCAACUGUUGGAGCUAAUAAAAGGCCUCGGAAGGCGCUCUGUGUUAGGCUAGCCAUCCAUCCCAUAUAUCAUUCUCUCUCUCAAUCUCUCUCUCAGAAAGAUAUCAUCAUUCAUACCUUCCAUGGGGGAACAUUCAAGAUCACAUUCCCAGGAUCUGUUUCAUGUUCUAGGCUUUGGGAGAUUUUGCAAGGCAUGCAAAUCGUUUCUUUUCAAAUGCUAUCCAGAGAAGCAUUUUCUGCUUUUCAGGAAAUCAGGAAGCAAGAACAAGCACAGAUCAACUGAGGAUGAUAUCAAGACCAAUAAUUACAGAAAUCGAGAGCUUGAAAACAGGAAAGCAGACGAUACAGAUGACAUGCAAGAAGUGCAUGAUUCAGGGCGCGUUGGCGUUGGUUCUCCGCCGCGUUCGUACACGCGCAGGAGUUGCGACGAUCACAUGACGAGAUCGCCUCAAUGGAACCCUGUGGUCUUGACGAGUACAUGUCCGUCACCUGUGUCCCAAGUUCCAAGCAGAGGACCGCAGCCAGCCAAAGCAUCCCUUUCGAGGACGAAGAGCCAGAGAAAUAGCAUGGAGGCACCAAGCAAGAAACCGCAGGCAGCCAAAGCAUCCCUUUCGAGGACAAGGAGCCAGAGGAACAGCAUGGAGGCACCAUCGGCUGCCUUAUCUCGCUCGUUUUCUAGAUGCACCAGCAGACCGGGCGCAACCCCCAUCCUGUAUUCUAACUCAAAUGGGCUCCUAAAACCGCCCGCAAUGGAGCAGCAGCUUGAUUGCACGCUUGAGGAGCUCUGUUUCGGUUGCAUCAAGAAGAUGAAGAUCACAAGAGAUGCAGUUACAGACGAGGGGCAAAUGGUAGAGGAGGAUGAAGUUCUUACGAUAAAAGUGAAGCCAGGAUGGACAAAAGGUACAAAGAUAACAUUCGAAGGCAUGGGAGACGAAAUACCUGGCACUGAUCCUGCAGAUGUAAUAUUUGUAGUAGCUGAGAAAGACCACCCUUUGUUCAGGAGACAAGACGAUGAUUUAGAACUGGAAGUUGAAAUUCCAUUGGUUGGCGCUCUAACCGGUUGCACUCUUUCAGUCCCGUUGUUAGGCGGGCAGACAAUGAGCUUGACGAUCGAUGAUAUAGUCCACCCUGGUUAUGAGAAGAUUAUAGCAGAACAGGGCAUGCCAAAGCAAAAUGAGCCAGCAACAAGAGGAAACUUGGUGAUCACAUUUUCAGUCAAGUUCCCAGAGGAAUUGACAGAAGAACAGAGAUCUGAUGCUGCUAAUAUUUUACAUCAUACUUGUUAAUCAAGGUUUCUUUUUCCUUUUUUUGCCAUACUUGUAAUAGAUUUAGCAUACUAAAGCAAUUCAGUGUAGAAACAGGCAUCUGGGAUUUGGAAUUUUAAGGAAUUCAAACAAUUAACUCUGUGGCUCUUUUACUGCUUAUCUGAAUUUGAAUCUUGGCAAAAGGUUGGUAUUGAAGAAGAUCUACAAGACUAAGCAGACACAAGCCUUUCCCACUUCUUUUAAGGACAACUCUACCAUAAUUAGAUAUUCGUGCAUGCAGUGCUGCAUAAUUGGAGAUGGCUCAUACAUUUCUUUGCAUUUACAAGAAACCGUUCGAACAAAGAGUUGGAAAGUCUUCAGCUGCUGCAUUAGACAGGAUUCUAAACCCAUGUUACUAGCCCCACAGGCAGAUUGUCCCCAUUAUACUCUUAAUCACAAGAGAAAUGUUAUGAAAAUGCUGUCACAAAAAGGAAGCUUUUGCGCAUGCAUUCAACCGAUAAGCGCAUUGGACACUUCUUAUUUGUGUGACUGAUUUGGUCGAGAUUCACAAUUCUCUGAUAACAAACCAUCUAGCAAAGUGCACAACAAAAUUAGGCUAAAAAAUGCUUAGUUCUGCAGCUGCGGAGAAUGAAAUAGAUUAUUUGAUUUUAUACAUUGGAUAUUCAAAUGAGUUAUAGUACUCAGAUUACACCAAGUACAGAAGUUUUUAGCCUUUGUGCUUGCAUUAGAAUGGCUAAAAACAUCUGAAAACAGAAAUGGACCUACUUAGCCACAACACAUCAACUAAUCAUGGGAU